CUCACCAGACCCCGAGGAUGAAGGUCACAGCGCCCCGAACCCUCCUCCUGCUACUCUCCGGGGUCCUGGUCCUGACCGAGGUGUGGGCAGGGUCACACUCUCUGCGGUAUUUCCACACCGCUGUGUCCCGGCCCGGCCGCGGGGAGCCCCGCUUCAUCGAAGUCGGCUACGUGGACAACACGCAGUUUGUGCGGUUCGACAGCGACGCGAAGAAUCCGAGGAUGGAGCCGCGGGCGCCGUGGAUAGAGCGGGAGGGGCCGGAAUAUUGGGACGAGCAGACACGGCGCGCCAAGGGCCACGCACAGACUUUCCGAGUCAACCUGAGGACCCUCCGCGGCUACUACAACCAGAGCGAGGAUGAGUCUCACACUCUGCAGUGGAUGCACGGCUGCGACGUGGGAUCGGACCUGCGCUUCCUCCGCGGGUACGAGCAGUUCGCCUACGACGGUGCGGAUUAUCUCUCCCUGAACGAGGACCUGCGCUCCUGGACCGCGGCGAACUCAGCAGCUCAGAUCUCAAAGCACAAAUCAGAUAUGACUGGUGAGGCGGAGUUCCAGAGGGCCUACCUGGAGGAAGAAUGCGUGGAGUGGCUCCGCAGAUACCUGGACAGCGGGAAGGACGCGCUGCAGCGCUCGGACCCCCCCAAAAUAUAUAUCACCCACCACCCAGUCUCUGACCUUAAGGCCACACUGAGGUGCUGGGCCCUGGGCUUCUACCCUGCGGAGAUCACACUGACCUGGCACCGGGAUGGGGAGGACCAAACCCAGGACAUGGAGCUUAUAGAGACCAGGCCUUCUGGGGACAACAGAACCUUUCAGAAGUGGGCAGCUGUGGUGGUCCCUUCUGGAGAGGAGCAGAGAUAUACGUGCCGUGUGCAACACAAGGGGCUGCAAGAACCCUUCACUCUGAGAUUGGCCUUUGCAGCCCCGCAUCCACAGGCUGGGCAUCACUGUUGUCCUGAUUUCCCUUGGUGCUGUGCUCACUGGAAUUGUGUUCACCACUAUAAUGAGGGCAAAGAGUUCAGCGUGACCAAGAUUGGUUUGACUUUGGGAACCUGCGUGGAAAAACAUUUCAGCUAAAAGUGCAGGAAGCCCCACCAAUCCCUUGAGAGUUUUGCCUUUCUUAAGGAGCUCUGAUGAAAUUCUCUUGCCUCGGCCUCCUGAGUAUCUGGGACUACAGGCACCUACCACA